ACAAUGAGGGGAACUGUACCGGAAGCGUGUGUUUUUUCUCUCGUUUAACUGAAAUUAUUCGAUAAUGACCGUUACAUAUUUUAUAUCUUUUUGUCUACUAUAGACCGUAGUCAUUUUUAUUUCUAUUUUUUAAGCCGCUGGAGGGAAAUGAUCGCUGUGUAGUCGGUGCAGGAUGGCUCUUCCUGGUUUUCCUCUCUACCGUCGACACCUUCGCUCAGCCCUUUGUUCGUGUGGUUAUGCAACACUCAGUAGAGCGUCCAGACCUCAGGAGAAAAGUGGCUCUGGGCCAGUUUUUCAGUAUGUCGGUGAACACAGAAAGCCAAACCACAAGGUGUUUGUUUGGGGUUUUAGUUUUACAGGGGCGUUAGGGAUUCCCAGCUUUGUGGUGCCGGACAGUGGGAAGAAAAGGCCCCGCAAAUAUCAGCUCACGCCGUACCGCCUGGAGACGGCAGAGCAGAUUUCAUCUGCUGCCUGCGGUUACGGCUUCACUCUCAUGGCAUCUUCAACCAAAGAUGUGACCAAACUUUGGGGCAUGGGUCUGAACAAGGACUCCCAGCUUGGCUUCCAGCGCACCCAACACAGCCGCAAUAAAAGCUAUGACUAUGUUUUGGAGCCAUCCCCGGUUGCCCUGCCUCUAAUCCAGCCUCAGCAGACCAGGGUGGUCCAGGUGUCCUGUGGUCGGGCCCAUUCCCUGGUCCUCACCGACCAGGAAGGAGUGUUCAGCAUGGGGAACAACGCGUACGGCCAGUGUGGGAGGAGCAUCAUUGAUGAGGAGGUCUACAGUGGCAGCCACAUCAUUCAUAAGAUUGAAGGCUUCAGCAGCAGGAUGGUCCAGGUGGCGUGUGGGCAGGACCACAGCUUGUUCCUUACAGACACGGGGAAAGUGUUUUCCUGUGGAUGGGGAGCCGACGGUCAGACAGGUUUGGGUCAUCACAACAUCAGCUCCUGUCCGGUGGAAGUGGGCGGCGAUCUCGCCGGCGUGGAGGUGCAGCAGAUUAGCUCAUACGGGGACUGCAGCCUGGCGGUGUCUAGAGACGGCCAACUGUUUGGCUGGGGGAACUCAGAGUACCGACAGCUGGCCUCGGUCAGCGAGUCCACGCAGAUAAAUUCUCCGCGUCGUCUCCCUCUGAAAGGCUGUGGAAAGGUGGUUCAGGCAGCGUGUGGAGGGACCCAGGUGGCUGUUCUCAACGAGAAGGGACAGGUGUUUGUUUGGGGCUACGGCAUUCUGGGAAAAGGUCCGAAGCUAUCAGAGUCUUCUUCCCCAGAGAUGAUUCCCUCCAGUCUGUUUGGACGCUCCGAGUUCAGCCCGUCUGUAGCGGUGGUCCAGAUCCGGUGCGGCCUCAGCCAUUUUGCAGCAGUGACAGAUGGAGGGGAGCUGUUCGUCUGGGGGAAGAACGUCAGAGGCUGCCUGGGCAUCGGAAAGAGAGACGACCAAUUCUUCCCCUGGAGAGUGACCGUUCCAGGUCAGGUGGUGGAUGUAGCGUGCGGUGUGGACCACAUGGUGGCGCUGGUGAAGUCUCUCCUGUGAGACGUUUGGGACUGAAGCUGAUUUCUCUGGUCCUCCUUCUGAAGACGGACCUCAAACCAAACCUGAAGGAAGCUGGACGGUUUCUGCCUCCCAUCACGCUAAACAGACACGUUUACAUCCGCUGUUUAAAGGGAAUAUUUAUAACGCAUGAGAAGAUGAUGCAGGUAAGGAAAGAUCCUGCAGAGCCUAACGAUUCCUGGUUGGUUCUGAAGCGUCGGAUUCUGGUUCUCUGCUGCUUCAGGAGGCGGUUCUUCUGCAGCAGAGAUUCGCACCAAGAGCAAUGAAAGCUUAUCGCUGCAUGAAAAUGUGUCUGUUUAUACGAUCUGCCAAUAACCCUACUGGAAAAUAUUUGUUUGAUAUAUGUAAAUAAACUAUAUUUAAUACA